CAGACACCGAUCAGAAAUUUGCGUUUUAAGAUAUGAAUGUGAUCGAAGAUGUAAAAUGUUCAAUAUUUUUAAAAAUAUUACUGCAAAAGUUCAUUGUGUCUUGUGAUGCUUACGUUUUUGGAACUCAAUGUAGAUAAAGAAAAGAAACCACAAAGAGGCUAAUUUUGUUUUGGAGCAGUUGCAUUUUUCUCCUAUAUGUUUCGGAACUCUCUUCAACUGCUAUCUUUGAUAUUUAAAGGAAAGAUAUGAAUGAUAUUUCAUGUUCUAACAUGUUAGAAAGCAGGAGCACCUCAAAUGCAUCGCACAUAUUAACAGUUUUACCUCCUCCGCCAGCAAAAGGUCACAGAGCAUCCCUAACUGCUGGUGGUCGACAAAAUAGCAUCGUUGGUGAAAAUGAAAUUUCUCCUAGUCAUCAACCUCCUUCACAACCUUCAUCACUCAUACUUAACCCAUCAACGAAAAAUGAUUCUCCAAGUUCUUCUCCUGUAGCUGUCAGUGUUUCUCCUCGAAGCUCUCUCUCUUUAACUGGUGAUAAAAAUUGGUCUUUUCUUCAAAAAGAUGGGAGUAACUGGACAAAUUUUGAAGAGCACCAUCACUUGCUAGGUAAUGAUGAAGAUAACAGUGAACGGCACUCUAGUGAUGAUGAUCUUGAUAUUUGGUCUAUUACUGAGGAACAGCGUGAAUAUUACAUAAAUCAAUUUAAAUCUAUGCAACCUGACUUGAAGAAAAAAAUUUCAGGUGCUACUGCCAAAGAAUUUUUUGAAAAAUCAAAAUUACCUGUAGUUGAACUUUCAAAAAUAUGGCAACUGUCUGACGUAGAUAAAGAUGGUGCCCUUAGUAUAGAAGAAUUUUGUACAGCAAUGCAUCUAGUUGUUCUUCGAAGAAAUAAUAUUGAUUUGCCAGAUGUUUUACCUCCUUCACUUGUUCCAAGAUUGAAAAAAACGUCAGAAGAUGUAAAUAUUGUUCCCAAUCAGUCACAAAAUGCUUCACAAAGCCAUGUUGCUAGCAGUCCAAAGCAAACAUCUCCAUCAGAAAUUGUGUCUCCUCAAAGCAAAGAAUGGACAAAAUUUAAUGAUUCCCCUACAAGUUCUUUAUCUUCUCCUGGCAUGAAACCAGUAAACUUCGAUUUUUCUGCUGCAUCUGUGGAACAGGAUCCGAAAAUUCUUCAUCCAGUUGCAGUGCGAUUAUCUCCUGAAAGACAGCAAAAUUCGUAUCCUUCCACAGAAAAAGAACAAUCAGGUCUAUCAGUUAGUAGUGCUUUAGUAUGCCAAGCAUCUGAACACAGUGCUGACACCAUUAGUGGACCUACCCAUUCUAGCUCAUUCUCUGGAACUAGUGAUACCUCUAAAUGUAAUAGUUUAACAUUAUCUUCACAAACAUCUGUUAGUCUUCCUCAAGGUCCCAAAAAAGAACCACCUCCUCCACCCCCACCAAGGUCUAAGCACAAUCAUAUCAGAAGUUCCUCCUUAGAUUUGAAUAAAUUAGGAAAAACUGUACCACAUUUUUUAGGUGCACCUCCUGCAGUUCCUCCACGAAUAUCCCCAAGCACUGCAACACCUCACAAGAAUGCCAUUCAUACUGAUGAACAGCAUCAUUCAAGUGAUAAUAUAGAUUUUGCUGAUUUUACAAGUUUUGAUGAUGCAGAAAAUGCUAAUCCACAGUUAAAGUCAGGAGCUUUUGAAAUAUAUAAGAAACCACUGUUGUCUCAAGAUAGCUUACAUGUUGCUUCAUCCUCAGGUCAUGGAAGUUUUCUUUUAGAACAAGAACCUUCAGUUGCAACAGAUGAUAGUACAGCAUUGCUAGUAGACAUAAGUCAACCUGAAGAAAUACUUGAAAGAAAAAGGCAUCCUUCAGCACCUCCAUUAGCAAUUGCAGCUGCAAGUAUCACAACUGUCCCUCGAGAUAAAAGAGAGCUUCAAGCGGCUAUUAAAGCACUUAAAGAAAGGAACUCAAUGUUGACUGCACUGAACAAUGAACUAAACCAAGAACUAUCAGAAAUUAUGGAAGAAAGAAUAGCCCUAGAAAUACAGUUGGAACAUUUAAAACCAUUUUCAUAAUUUAAGUUGCCUUGGACGUUAGAUGAUCACAAACUGUAUAAAAAAAUUUAUUGCUAAUAUAAUAAUCAGUGUUUUACAAUCUAUAUUUUGUGAUGGUCAUUUUUAAUCAUUCCAUUAAAUGGGUGUUUCAGUUUCUCUAUCAAGUUUUGCUUCAGCUUUUCGAAAUGAAUAUAAUGCUUAAAAGUAUGCUUUUAAAUUCAAAAUUUUAAACUUUUAUGCAUAUUUUUUUAUCUAUGAACAAAAUUAAUGACAACUACUCAGUUACAACUAGGAUUGCAUAAUUAUUACUUUUUCCAAAUGUUGUACUUGAUCAUUUACACCAAUGUAUUGCUUGAUCCAUUUUAAAAUUAAUUUUCACAGGAACUUUUUCAUCAUGAAAAUUUACAAAUUAUCAUUGAUUUUAUUUAUUAUUCAUCAUUGUCAAUGUUUUAUAGAACAAUAAUUGAGUAUUCUUGCCAUAUUUCCAGAACUCCGUCCUUUAAUCCCUGCUCCAUUUUAAAAUUUUUAAACUGAGAGAUAGAUAAUUCACAAAUGCUCUUUUCAAACUUUUUCUUUUUUUUUUAUACAUAUUUAUAUUGUUUUUCUUCGAGAGAGACAGAAGUUGCAUGUAUUGAAAGAAUUGUUGAGAUAUUUCACACAGUUCAGUUUAAUUUUUCCUAGUGAAGUUUAUUUUAGAAAUGAAUUGAACUUUCUGUUUGUAAUGUCAUACAAUGUCAAAAAUAGAAUUGUGCGAGUAAAAAUGUAUCUACUUUUAAACAAAAUGAAUCUAUUAAUAUAGUUAAAAAGUUUAUUUUUAAAGGGAAAGUUUUAAUUUUACAAAAGGAAUUGUGUUUGAAAAAUGAUAGUGAUCUUUAAGAUUAUGUUGUUUAUUAUGUUCUUCUUUAAAUUUGAUAUAUCUUAUGCCUAAAAUUAUAGUUUGUAACAUAAUCCAAUGGAACUGCCAAAUGUUUGAUGAAAUCUCACUAUGCCAUUUUUUUUAUAUCUUUAUGAAGCAUUUUUCUUGAAUGUAUAAUUAUAUUUGUUUAAAAAUUGUAAGUUUUCAGAUAUGGACAUCAAAAUCUCCAUUUACCUUCUAAUUCGUUUCUUUUUUCUUUUCUUUCUUUUUUUUUUUUUUUUGGAAAUAGCUUUCAAAUAGUAUAUUUUUAUUUUUUCAACUGUCUUUGCAGUAUUUUUUCUUCUAUAUAUUACUGGAAUUGUUUAUUUUUUAUUACUUCUUAUAUUGUUUGGCAACUAGUUGGUAUUGAUAUAAAACUUACCGCAAUUUUAUGUAGAAUUGAAGAAUUAAUUUUGUUUUUAAAUUGAUUAUAGUAUUAUAAUCUUUGUGUACUAAGUCUAAAUGCUUCUUGAAACAGUGCCAAAUAAUCAUGAUUAUCGCAAAAUAUACACAUCCGUUUAAACAAAUGAAAUUAAAAUAAAGCUUUAAUGAAAAGACACAUAGACAACAAAAAAUUUUCUUUUUGUCAGUUUAGUGAUUCUCAAUUAACUAAUUGUCAUGAAAUGUAUUCUUUAUCUGUUGAAAAUCUUCUUACUAGAUGUUGCAAUUUUUUCUCUAACUUUCAAAUUUUCCUCAUACAUUUUAAGCGUUCAUUAAAUAUGUCAUAUGUAUGCAAUUUCUGAAACAUGUUUUUAUAGAUUUUAUCUGAUAAUUUUAAAAAUGUGUAAAUCAGAAAAUCCUUGGUUCUCUAACUCUAAUUGCACAGAACAAAAAUCAUGUUGCAUGAAAAUUAAGUUAACUUUUUUUUUUUUUGGUGAUCCUAGUUGUAGCAAGAAGAACAGAAUAUGCUCCCCCUCCCCCCAUCUCUUUGUUUGUUGUUUUUGUUUCAGAUCCUGAAGCAUUUUCAAUGCCGGAAAUGUUGACUCUGGAGAGAUAUUAUUAGCAUUAAAAGUGCUGAAAAUUGUUCAAAUACUGAAGAAAGUUAAUUGUUGAAAAAAAAUUAUCUGGUGUUGCCCUCAUAUGACAGUUCAGAAAAGUGGAACGUAUGUUGCAGAAAAAUUACAAUAAAUUACUGAAUGAUUUAAUAUUGAUUGGAAGCAAGCAGCUCAAGACUAUUUCAGAAAUAAUCCCUUUUUUCCUGAACAUUCUAAGAAAAGAAUAUAUGCCACGAAUCUUGGAAUGACACCCAAAAUAAUAUAACAUUUUAUUUUGUGUUUAUCAUAGGUUUGAAUUUGUAUCAUGUGUAAAUGUUGCAGAAUGUUAUCAAUCAGUUAAAGGUCUGUUUCAGAACAUUACUAACCUCCUGCUACUCGGUCAACUCCCAGCUUUUAGUUUUAAUGAAAAAAUGAUACAUAAGCUAAUAGAGAAAGUGAUUUAAUAAAUUAUUCCAAACAAUUUUUUUUUAUUCUACAAAGUUUAAAUACAGUUCCAUAUUUACUUGAUCAUAUAUUAACUAUUUUAAAAUAUUCAAUAAAUUUUGGCCUUUUAAACAUGAAUGCAAAUUCCUUAUUUGUAUUGCUAAUAAUAUUAAAAUGAAUGAUAUUCCAUAUGCAGCAAUGCAAAUUUAAAUUUUUAAAGCCUUUUUUAAUUGUGAGUAUUGUUAGUCAUUAACCAUGAACACGUCUGCUUGUUAUGGCAGAUAGCAAAAAUAAGCUAUACCAGUUUCUCGACCUGUUUUUUUUUUUCGACAGAUCAAUAAAAAUUGCAAAAAAAAAAAAA